AAUUUUUUUAUUUUCCAAUCGGAUAUUUAUUUUACUAUAAUUUCAUUCAUUGCAAAAAUAUCGAAUUUUUCAAGGUUUUCUCUAAAAGCCUAAAGUAAUUUAAGUGCAUUUAAAGAAUCUCAUUAAGAUUAUUUAGAAAAUAAACUAAACAUUUAAUAAAGUGAAGGAAAAGAAAUAUGCCCGUUCGAAAAUAUCGCCAUGAAACUCGAGAAGUAAAUUGUUGCAUGAAAUAUGUAUUGUUUAUUUGCAAUACAUUGUUAUGGAUGACUGGUUUAAUUAUUUUGGCAGCUGGCAUUUGGGCAUGGAAUGAAAAAGACACUUUUAGUAAUUUAAACAAGUUGACCCUGCUGGUAUUAGAUCCAGCCUUUGUACUAAUAUGCAUUGGUAGCUGUGCAUUUCUAAUUGGUUUUACGGGGAGUGUAGGAGCCCUGCGUGAAAAUACAUGUCUAUUAGGAACUUUUAUUUUACUAGUGUGUGUUUUGCUGGUAGUAGAAGUUUGUUUUGGUGUAAUGUAUCUUGUACUGAAAGAUAAAGGCUGGAUAAAAGAUCAAGCCACCGAGGGACUGCGCGCAUUUAUUAUACACUAUCGGGAAGAUCCCGAUCAACAGAAUCUCAUCGAUUGGAUACAAGAAGACUGGCUGCAGUGUUGCGGCAUUGAUGGUCCCAAAGAUUGGGACAGUAAUAAUUAUUUCAAUUGUUCCUCUUAUGCCAUUGGCAGCCGAGAGGCUUGUGGCGUACCAUUCUCGUGUUGUCGUCGACAAUCACAUGAAUUAAUUAAAAACAAACAAUGCGGUUAUGAUGUACGCAAAGAGGGCUACCCAGUAGAUAGACACAUUUAUGAACGUGGUUGUUUGCGGGCUGGUGAAGAGUAUUUGGAGACUCACAUUGUGUCUGUAUGGAUCUACAUAAUGCUAACAAUAUUUUGGCAGAGUUUUGAAAUUUCGAAAAUUAUUUAUGAAAAAGGCUGUGUUCAAGCGGGUGAAGAAUGGAUGGAAAGAAAUCUUAUUAUAAUAUCAACCAGUGCUAUUAUAACAAUUUUCUUUCAGAUAUUAUUUAUAAUUUUUACCCAAAAUCUACGCGCUGAAGUAAAUGCUCAAAAAUCAAAAUGGCACUGACAAUUGCCCACAGCCCCUUAAGAAAGGCUGGUUGCUGUUUAAGUGGGUGAAAAUGGACAUAUAUGAAUCGCAAUUGAAAAUGAAUCUUAUGAUUAGUCAACUAAUUCCAUGACACUGGUUGAAUAUCAUGGUAUUGUAUGUAUUUGGACAGCUGGAAUGGAUAUUGCCUGUUAAAUAUGUAUGUAAGCUAAAAUUAAAUUUAUAAAACACACAAAAAACCAACAA